AUGCCCUACGGAAGAUCUUCGAAUCCCACUGAGGUCGGCUGCGUAGCCUCCUUUCCACCUGCGGCUGCGUCAUCGGGUGAGCCGAGACCCAGCACACCCACGCACGCGGCUGCCGCUGCUCCUGGCGGCACCACCAUUCUGGCGAAGCAGCACCGAAGCCCCUUCGCAACCGUGAAGCGCUCCGUCGCAAAGGGCCCGCGACUUCUCGGGAGCCGCAUCAAGCAGUUUUUGACAGAUGAGCUGUACAUUGGCGUGCGCUACCAGAAGGCGCCGCCGAAGUUGGUGACCAGGGAGCUCGCCAUACUAGAGGUUCUCGCCGUGUAUCACCGCUGGCUGCGCGGGGUCCAGGCGCUGCUCUCCAUCGCCGUGUUCGUUCUCUCGCUACUGUCCAUUGGGAGCUCGGCGCCUCUGGUGAACUCCACCAUUUUUGUCGUCUCCCUGGCGGCCAUCCUAGUCAUUGUCAAAGCAUACCAGGUCAAGGCACAGCUCUCUGGCGUGACGAAUGUGCUGUUCGAGGGACGCUACAUCUUAACCUCGCCUCAUUUCCUCCACAUGAUGGCUGAAAUUGUCCUGUGGUGCAUCCAAACCCCGCCUUUUGUCUUCGCUGGCCACCAGCUCUUCGAGCUGCUCAACAACUUCAUUUUUUUGCGCCUGUACUCCGUCGUUCUGUACCUGAACAACGCCGUGUACGUGUACCGCACCUUCUGCCGUGCCAUGUCCGCCAUCAGUGACCUGCCCCUUUCCACCUCCUUCUUUAUUCGCACCGCGCUGAUUCACCACAAGACGCGCGUCGUGGUGUCGGUGGUGGUAUGUGCGUGGCUGACGGUCGGCUGCCUCUUUGCACGCGCCCAGAGCCUCUCCCUUGGCGAUGCCCUCUGGUUUUCCUUUCAAUCGCUGGCGACGCUGGGGUACGGGGACAUCACCCCCUCCACGCUCUCGGGCCGCACUGUCGCCUUCAUCGCCUGGAUCGCGAGCUACGUCAUAAUGGCCUUCCUGAUCACCGCCAUGUACUCACUGCUGCAGGCGUCGGAUCGCUUGCACAACAUGCAGGCAUUGAUGGAGUGCCACGAACUCAUACAGAGUCUGCGUGGCCGCUCUGCCCGUGUCAUUCAGCUGGCCUGGCGACUUCACAAGGCGCGAAAGGUCCGGCUGCACGCGCCGUCCUUGAAGCAAAGGAUGUACACGCUGGUCUUGUCGUGGCUUGUGACUCAUACGAUCAUCGCGCGGCGCCGCACACGGCAGCAGCUGAACAGCGUGGUGCGCUCGCUGCAGGAGACGAAGACGCAUCCGCUUACGGGGCUCUCCGAGUACCAGUAUAAUGCGUACCUGCAAGUCACUCACAAGGCGGCGCGGCAGCUGCAGCGUGUAAAGGACGUGGAUCGUGUGUACCUCGCCCUGCGCGACCGCGAUGUGCUGGCAUCGUCACUAUCGCGGCGCGACAUUGAGUCCAUUAUUAUUCUUCCGGGCGACUCGUUAGAGCCCAUCGGCGCGGCGCCGCCGACAACCGUGACAGGCAUCGGCAGCACGGCAGUGAAAAUGGCAGAGAUGGCGCAGUGGAGGAACCAGCUGACGCAGCUGGAACGAAAAUGCGCGCGCCUGACAGAAGUGCUAGAGGCUAUGAGCGCUGUGGCCGAGACACAUGCCCCUAGCAUGUCUGUGUCCCAGGUGUGA